GUUUCGCGUGUGAGGGGGCGGAGCUCCCGCGCUCGAGUGGGGUAUUUAAAAACCUCUGAGGCUGAGAAAGUCAGUGUAGAGUUGGAGGUGACUAACAACAUUGGAUUGUGUUUUCAAGAUGGCAUAUUACGAACACAUCUUCUUCGAGGAUGAUUUAUCAUCUGACAACAGCUCAGAGUUCGGUUCGGGUGACAUCGGUGCCAACCUCGAUGCCCCGUGCGACGUGGAAGUCAGCCACGAAUUCCAGCGGGUCUUUCUUCCCACCGUGUACGGAAUCAUAUUUGUUUUGGGCUUGAUCGGGAACGGAUUUGUGGUUCUGGUGAUGGGUUGCCAGAGAAAAUCCUGCACCAUGACAGACAAGUAUCGCUUGCAUCUCUCCGUGGCGGACCUUCUGUUCGUGCUCACCCUGCCGUUCUGGGCCGUGGACGCGGCCAAAGACUGGUACUUCGGUGGGUUCAUGUGCGUGGCCGUGCACAUGAUUUACACGGUGAAUUUAUACAGCAGCGUGCUCAUCCUCGCCUUCAUCAGUUUGGACCGGUACCUCGCCGUGGUGCGCGCCACCAACAGCCAAGGUCCGAGAAAACUUCUGGCCAAUCGCAUCAUUUACGUGGGCGUGUGGCUCCCCGCGGCGCUGCUGACGGUACCGGACCUCGUGUUCGCCAAGGCGGAGAGCAGCUCCAUCCGGACCUUCUGCGAGCGCAUCUACCCGCAGGACUCCUACGUCACGUGGGUGGUCACGUUCCGCUUCCAACACAUCCUGGUGGGCUUUGUGCUGCCCGGUCUCGUGAUUCUCAUCUGCUACUGCAUCAUCAUCUCCAAGCUGUCGCGUGGCUCCAAAGGAACGCAGAAGCGCAAAGCGCUGAAAACCACCGUUGUUCUCAUCGUCUGCUUUUUCGUCUGCUGGUUGCCGUACUGCGGUGGGAUCCUGCUGGACACGCUGAUGAUGCUCGAGGUGAUUCCUCACAGUUGCGACCUGGAGCAGGGGUUGCAGAAGUGGAUCUUCGUGACGGAGGCUCUGGCGUACUUUCACUGCUGCCUUAACCCGAUCCUGUACGCUUUUCUGGGGGUGAAGUUCAAGAAGUCCGCCCGCAGUGCUCUCUCCCCAAGCCGGGGGUCCAGUCUGAAAAUUUUGCCUAAGAAGAGGGGCGGGAUGUCAUCUGUAUCCACAGAGUCCGAAUCCUCCAGCUUUCAAUCUAGUUAACACCAUUUGGACAGUGACUUUUUUCUGUCGAUAUGAACUUUUUUAUGCUUUACGUGAAAACAAUCGGGUUGAGCCUGAUUGCUGCAUUGCUAGAAUGUAAAUAUGACAGUCAGUAUGAGCUACAUACUGAAUUUUGCUUCAGUAUUACUGUAAAAUCUCUUCAUAUUGAGAAGAGGUAUAGUGGACAUGAAAUGUUGAUAUGGUGUGCAUAACGUUUACUGUACAUAUCAUGUAUAUAAAUUGUUUUGAACUGAUUCUUUUCUGCACUUACGUAUGUAGACCAUUGCAAUUAUUUAUUACAGGUUAGGUCAAACACAAACUGAAUUGAUGCAUGUUUGGGUCUAUUCAGGUCCAAAAACUGUUUUUGCUAUGUGAAGUCUUUGCAAUAAAUGUUUUGAUACUCAA